AUGUCCAAGCAGGCUGCAUUUGUUCGUGUUGGGGCCUCCCUGGUCCUGGCCUACUUGGUUUCUCUGGUAUCCAGCGAGCUGGAAAUCGAUUUACAGCGCAUCGUGCAAAAUUACGGCGAACACUUGGUGGACGCCCGCGAGUUGCGUGUCCGGAAGAUCAAUCGAACAAGCCACGCGUUGAACGGAACUGUGAGAGUUGCCGUUGAUUUGGAUAAUGAUUAUAGGGUUUCGCUCAGUUUGGCUCACAGCCGACUCGGAAACAAUCAGUUCAAUAUUUACCCAAUGAAGAUUCCGGAACAGAGAAAUUGCAUUCUGCUGAACAGUUCGUAUCGCGAGUACCAGUCACUGUUUCGGGAGCAUUCAAAUAUGCCGCAGGUUCCGCCGGAGGGCAUGUGCCCGUUCAAAAAGGGAACCUACUGGUUUAAGGAUGCGAUAUUUUCGGCGGACCACUUUCCACCGUACGUUCCGGAGGGUUACUGGCGGUUCACGUUUGAAUAUCUUGGUCCCAUGGAGAACAACGCGAGCUUCAGCUUGUACGCCCAGAUGAAGAACACCGGAAUUUGGGAUUAGUGCACAAACCUAAUUACUGAGACCACAGACAAACAGAAAUAAAUCAUUAU